GCGCCACGGGGGCUCGAGGAGCGCUGUGCCCAGCUUGGGGAGGAUGGGCCCGGGAAUCGUCGUCGACUCGGGCAGCAGCGCACCCUCGUCGGUGCCCCACUCGCUGGCCACGUCACGCGACGAUGAGGACGAGGACGACGAGGAGAGCAGCGGCCGAAGGUCCAACGGCCAAAGCGGGGGUAGUCUGGCGAGCCUCGACUACGACGACGGCAACGACGAGGAGGAAGAGGACGAGGAGGAUGACGAGGACGGGGCGGGUUUUGCCGGCCGCCUCUACCCAACGACCGCCUCGACGACCUCCCAGUCGCUGGACAGUGCCGGGGUGACCGGUGCCCUCGUGGACGAAGAGGCCAAGAUCGCAGCCGCUGCGGCCAGCAGACCCCGGAGCACUCGGGGCUCGCAAAAGUGGAGCAACGUGCGCGCGGUCAUGGCGCUAUACUCUUCGCUCAGAAAAAUCAAGAGAACAAAAAGCAACCAGCGGUGGAUGAAAUUACGCACAACCGUCCAGCUGUCCUCUGCAAUCUCGACGAUCCAGAAGAAGCCGCCGCUCAAGCGCGAGGACUCGUUCCUCAAGCGCUUCUCGACGCGCCAGAUACCCGAGAGCCAGGAGACGAUAGACACGGGCGAGGGCGACCAAUCGGACGAAAAGAGCUCGAGCCGCCGCCACCGCAGACCCCGCCGGCCCCAAAAACCCCCCAAGACCGUGGUCAACCCCGACGAGAACUUUUACUACUAUUGGCUGAUGCUCCUCUCGGGCUGCGUUCUCUACAACCUCUGGACCCUCAUAGUGCGCCAGAGCAUGCCCGAGCUCCAGGAGGCCGCGCCCGUGGUCUGGCUCAGCUGCGACGGCUUCACCGACCUCGUGUUCGCCCUCGACGUUGGGGUCCAGUUUCGCACGGGUUACCUCGAACAGGGCCUCAUGGUCUACAACAGCAAGAAACUCGCCGGCCAUUACUUCCGCUCCAAGUCGUUCGCCCUCGACCUCUUCGCCCUCCUGCCCCUCGACCUCCUCCAGGUCAACCUCGGCAGCAAUCCCAUACUCCGGUUUCCCAGGUUCCUCAAGGUCUACCGGGUCUACAACUACUACUACAUGGUGGAGUCGCGCACCGUGUACCCCAACCUUUGGCGGGUCAUCAACCUCAUACACAUACUGUUGAUACUGGCCCACUGGUUCGGUUGUUUUUACUACCUGCUCAGCGAGGCCGAGGGCUUUCACGGGGACUGGGUCUAUCCGUACAGGCCCGGCGAGUACGCGACUCUCACGCGCAAGUACCUCGGCUCGCUAUACUGGUCGACCCUCACGCUCACCACCAUCGGUGACCUGCCUACACCGGAGACCAACGCCGAAGCUGUAGCGGGCGGCAAUCCCCGGAGCCUCGCUCGUCGCGGCCGACUGUCCCGGCUCCUGCAGUUCAAACAUGACGGAGGAUACAUCUUCACGAUCGUCAGCUACCUGAUCGGCGUCUUCAUAUUCGCGACGAUAGUCGGCCAAGUGGGCAACGUCAUAACGAACCGCAACGCCAACCGGCUGGAGUUUGAGCGGCUACUCGACGGCGCCAAGACUUACAUGAGACACCACAAGGUGCCCGGUGGCAUGAAGAGGCGCGUCCUGCGCUGGUACGACUACAGCUGGUCGCGCGGGCGCAUACAAGGCGGUGGUGACAUCAACACCGCGCUCGGGCUCUUGCCCGACAAGCUCAAGACCGAGCUCGCCCUGCACGUCAAUCUCGCUGUGCUCAAGAAGGUCACCAUCUUCCAGGAAUGCCAGCCAGAGUUCCUGCACGACCUCGUGCUGAAGAUGAAAGCCUACAUAUUCACGCCCGGCGACUCGAUAUGUCGCAAGGGCGAGGUGGCGCGCGAGAUGUUCAUCAUAGCUGACGGUAUUCUCGAGGUGAUCAGCGAAACCGGCCGAGUGCUCACCACCAUGAAGGCUGGCGACUUUUUCGGCGAGAUCGGCAUACUAAACCUCGACGGGCUCAAUAAGCGCACAGCGGACGUGCGUUCGGUCGGUUACUCCGAACUGUUCAGCCUGUCGCGCGAAGACGUGCUGGCGGCCCUGAAGGACUACCCGGAGGCCCAGGAGAUCCUGAAAAAACUCGGGGAGAAGCGUCUGCGCGAGGCCCAGCGAGUGGCGCGUUCGAUCCGGCACCCGCCCUCACCGGGGCACGACUCGUCGGACAACAGCACGGGCAAGCGCAUCGUCGACAAGCUCAAGAGCGACGUCAAGGGCCUGAAGAACGUGCUGCGCAAGAGCCGCAGGAACACCCGGCCCGAGGAUGGCCUCGAGCUCCAGCCGCUGACCUUGAAGGUGCUGAGGAGGCAGACGCGCGUUGACGAGAGCCAGGACGUUUGCGCCUCGGGUUCGGAGCCUCCGGUCUCGCCCCUUGGCGCUGGGCUGCCCCUGCUGUCGAGGCUCAGGUUGCUCAAGGAGAAGCAGGAGCGCGAGGAAAAGCGGAUCCUCGUCGAGGUCGUGGGACAGCCACCGGAGCAGGUCCAAACGGCGGUGGAGGUGCAAAACCCGAGCACCGGCGCCAGCGGUGCCAGCAGCACGACCGUAACCGUGCCACUGCUGCAACGGCUCUGGCACAUGAAGUCAAAAGCGGAGGUCGAGAACGUGGAACGUGAGGCCAUCGUCAAGGAGCCCCUCCUCCCGCGCAACGUCAUCCCCGAGGAGAGCGAGAUCUUCGCGUCCACGGACCAGCCGGGCGAGACGAAGCAAACAACGACGGCGACGACGACAACGACGACCACGACAAUUACCACAACAACGAUGACGAGCGCAACAUCAACGACGGCGUCAGCCACGACACCGACAACGACAGCGGGGUUGGGUAACGCUUGCUCGCCCACUGGCUCGAGCGGUGAGUUGGACAACGGCUCGAUCCGCAGUAGGCCCUGGACGAUGCUGAAAGACGCCUCGCUCAAGACCAGCGGCGGCGGCGGUGGUGGUGGUGGUACCAGCAGCAAAGACAGCUCGAUAGCGGCCGGUGUCGCGGGUCACCACCAGCCCUCGGCCCUGCGCAACUCCCAUCCCCCAGCCACGCGGCCGAUCCGCAAGCAGCAGCCCCUACCCUCCGCCCGACACAGUCUCGUCCACAUAAGGCAACAGACCAAGAAGUACGCAUCGGUGGACGACCUGUCACCCGAGUACUGCGGCCUGCCGUUCGUCAAAAAGCUCAAGAUCCUCAACGAGCGGCAGAAGCUCGCGGAGCUCGAGAAGGUGGUGCGCAGCUCGAGCCUUGACUGCGGCGAGGGCGCUGAAGGUGCCGAGUUCGACGGGAGUCUCACGCGCAGCCACUCCGAAGCUUGCGCCAUCGAGUACGCGCGCAAGCUCGCCAAGCUCACCAAGGUACGCCUGGCUAGCUCGCCGCCUGUACCGGCGGACGAGCAACAACUCUCACCCGAGAACGAAACGUUAGAGCGCAGAACCCUAAAGAGCAUCCUAAAAAAGCUGUCGGCGAGCUGUGGCGGGGGCAGCGGCGCAACGAGGGCGACGACGACGGCGCCCAGCGGGAGCAGCAGCAACGCGAGCACGAGCUCGGAGACGGGCCCGAAACGCCGGAGUUGCACCCCCGAGCUGAGAAAACUGAUGCGCGCCCCGACCCUGGAGGGCUACGCAGCCCGGCACUCCAAGCUCUCCAAGAGCGUGACCUUUAACAAGUAUACUUUGCAGAGCCCGCCGGGCCACGCCGGAACGACCCCAGCUGCUCCCGAUGACGAGGACGACGACGACGACGACGAGCGCCAGCUGCUCACCGCCGCGACGAUCACCAGUCUGCCGAGCUGCUCGUCCGACUUGGCCACUUCGAGCUCGCCGCUGUCCUCUGCCUCGUCGAAGCAGCCGUUGGCUCAGCGGGUGCCCUCUGCCGAACACCAGCUGCAGCUUGUGCCUGGCAACGAGGAGCCACAGCAGCAAUUACUGGCCCAACCACUGCCAUCGUCGCUCGUCGCGACGUCCACGUCGCAUCAUCACCACCAUCAUCUUCAUUAUCACAAGCACCAAAGCUUCCGUCCGUCGGGCAGUGGGACCGUCGCCACGAGCCACCAAGCCCUGGCCAGGAGGGAGGACGAGGGCAUCGGGGAGCUCGUGUCCGGUAUCAGGGACGUCCUGCAGUCGAGACUGGAGAGCAUGCAGAGCAGGUUCGAGCAGCAGUUCUCGUCCCUGCAGCUGGAGAUCCGCAAGCGGGACGAGAUAAUAUCGCAGCUGCAGACGCGCAUCCUCGAGCUGGAGAGCCCGGAGCUGGGCUGCCGGGGGGAAACCGAGUCAGUUGGCGACAGCACGGAACACGACGCCUCGCUCGAGGAGGACCUGGUGUUGGACGACAACGAGGACCACCCGUUUAUGCGCGACAGCUCGGUCGACACGGUACUUACGACCAGGCCGCGCCGGCGCUACUCCUCGCCAUCCUCGACCGUCACCGACUCGUCGUACGCUCUCGCCGGGCCGGCCCACAACAACCGGCGCUCCUGGGAGGAGCACUCCGAGGAAGAGACCCUCGAGCUACAGGACCUGCCGCACUCGAUCACGCCCCAGAGCCUCUGGAAGGACGACGUGGCGAUCGACCUCGAGUCCAGCGAGGACGAGGAGCCCGGGCGAGCCGUGGCUGGUUCCAGCAGUGGCUCGAGGGUACGCUCCCGCGCGUCCGACGACGACGACGACGACGACGAGGAGGACGAGCAAAUGGUCGUGCUGAACGCGACGGGCCACAAUAACUGGGAGGUGGCGAUGCUGGCCCAGGAGCUCGAGAAGAGACGGCGGAGCAGCGAGUGCUCGAGUCCGGGCUCCUAGCGCAUUAACGGCCUCAUACUCCGGACGCUGAAGAGCUGGUGCAGCCUGGCCCGAGUCGAGAAAUUUGGGGGACUACUGGUGUCUGCUGUGCUGAACCAUCGGUGGCGCCCUACCCGUUGGACGCUUCCCCACAAUAAGCGUCAACGACACAAUGAUCCGAUGACCACUCGCAACCGUUUGUUUGCCGAACUGUUUCGCUUACACUUUUCCGUCACCAUCGGCUAAGUAACUACUAUGAAUUUUUUAUUUUUUUUUUUUAUUUUUUUUUUUUUUAUUAACAGUGGUUUUUGGUUUACAUAUAUACAUACAUAUAUAUAUAUAUCACCUGCAGUCAAGGAUACGUGGGUUGAGCCAGACUGUGUACUUAGA